AUGGCCCCUCGCUUCUCCCUCGCGCUUCCAUCACUGCAUUCCGAUCUCGGUUACCCGCGUCGCACUUUUGUCCCGUGGCGUCGUGAUUCUGGCUCAAGACGUGCCUGGGUCCCGAGUCGCUGUCGUACUGUUCGUCGCACGCGAGGAGGACAAGCGAGUCGCUACGACGAGUGA